GAGUUCCGGGGCCGCUCGGGUUUCCCGCGCGGAGCGGGGGGAGCGGGGAAGGCUUUGAGCGGCGGCCCGUUGGCUGAGGGCGCUUCCGGGCGGCGCAGCUCCGUGGUGGCAGUGGGACCCCCAGGCAUCCCUCGGCAGUUAACGCCUUCACUGUCCUUUGGGAAGCAAGAGCUUGGAGUGCCAUCUCUGAGUUAGACCUCCAACCUCAGCAUCCUGAUCUGGUGCUGCCUUCGGGAGGAUGAAUCAGGACAGUGACUCAAGUGAUCAGCCCACGGGCCAGGACCCACUCCUAUUGCUGAAAACCCUUCAGCUUCUCUGGACAAAGCAAGAGCUGAGGAAGCAGCUCAAGGAAGAAAUCAGGCGGGGCUUUGCCGGACUGGAGGACCCUUUGGCAGGACUCCUGACCAUGCUGGAGAACAGCAGUGAUUGGAAGGGGAAAGGGCAUUCCCUGGGGUAUUACAUCACCACGGAGCUGCAGCUUUGGAUAAAAGAGCAUCCUGCUGUUCCACAGUCUGGCAUCCAGCUGAAGAAGCUGCAGGCCCGUGUGCUCAGAAUCCUCUCCCAGUGCCCAGCUAAUCUGCUUGACCCCCUGAUCAGCAUUUACCAGCUCCACACAGCAGACCGGAACUAUUUGCUUGAACAUGUCAGUCAUCUUUAUCUCAAGGGCGAUUACAAAGAGGCAGCCAUACUGAGUAUUAAGCUGAAAUUACAGCCAGAUCAAGAUGUGGAGAAGAUGUGCAUCCCACUGCUGCUCCAGGAUAAAGCCAAUGUGGUGGAAGAUUAUGUGGGAGAAUAUCCUGAGCUCCAGAGCAAGCUCCUGCAGAUCCUGGACUCGUGGUGUGAACCUGGUGUCAACAUCAGAGACGUCACAAGACCAUAUCAAGGCCUGUCCAGAUACAAACCAGAAAAAUUUAACCACAGAACACUCAGCAAGCUGGUCUUCAGGCUCCUGGAGCGAUUCCACGUAGAUCCAGCCCUCUGCCCUAAUGUCGUAAAUCAGCGGCACUUGAGAACCCUGAACUACCUCUUUUACAAGAGAUUUGUUGAGAAAACCAUGACUGAGGAGAACUGGGCAGAUCACGUUCAGAGCACAGCUGGGGACAGUCGCUGGCUCCAAGGGCACCUGGUGCAGCUGCUGCUGCGGCACUGCCCCGGGCACACGGCGCGCUGGGCGCAGCACUGGGGGCUGCCCGCGGACCUGCUGCCUCCCGGCCUGGCUGAGGACCUGCCAGAGCUUCACACCCAGGAGAGGGUAGAAGAGGCCACAAAAGCAAAUAAUUAUGAAGACAGUAAGAAGAAGGACUUUUAUCAGCUUCCUAUUCCACGGGAAAAUAUUCACUUCCUGCAGACAUGGGAAGAGACACUGCAGUGCUGGGAGAAGGUGCUGCAGCCUGGGCAGGUUGUUGGCGUUGACAUGGAGUGGAAGCCUUCCUUUGGCAUGGUGGGGAAGCCCCGUGUCGCCCUCCUCCAGAUGGCAGUGAAGGAUGAGGUGUUCCUGUUGGACCUGCCACGGCUCCUCGAGCAAGCUGAGCUGGAAGGGGAGAAGGAGAAGCUCCCCCGAUUCAUCCAGAUGCUCUAUUCAGAUGCUGCCAUCACUAAACUAGGUUAUGGGAUGUCUGGAGACCUCAGCAGCCUUGCAGCCACAUGUUCUGCUCUGAAAGACACGGAGAAGCAACUGCAUGGUGUGGUGGAUCUACUCACAGUGGACAAACAACUGCAGAAGGGCUGCAGUGAGUGGAGGAGGGACGGCCGGAAGGUUGAUGGACUGUCCCCAGAGCACAGCCACGAGGAGAGAGGGGGCAGGCAGCAGGAGAAGGGACUCAGCCUCCUGGUGCACCAUGUGCUGGGGAAACCUCUGGAUAAAACGGAGCAGCUGUCCAACUGGGAGAAACGGCCCCUCCGGGAGGAGCAGAUCCUCUAUGCAGCCUCCGACGCGUACUGUUUGCUGGAGAUCUACGAGAGGCUCUGCAGGGACCCAGAGAGCUUUGGGCUGAGCUCAGACCUGAUGGAGAGUCUGGUGGGAAAACGGAGCGUAAAACCCAGGGCAAAGAAGCAGCUGAAUAAACAAGAAGCACUGUCACCUUCUGGACAGCAAUGCCAAGGAUCCCAGAUGGAGACCUCCCGUGCCCCUGCCCCUGUGUCCCCCAGGGAGUUCAGCGUGGUCUGUGACAACAUGCUGCAGGGCCUCGGGCGCUACCUGCGCUGCCUGGGUGUGGAUGUCCGGAUGCUGGACAACGAGGAUGACCACAGGAAAGCUGCUGAGAUUGCCCGACAGGAAGGAAGAGUCAUUUUAACCUCUGGACUCCCAUAUCAGACUCUGCAGUCCCAGGUGGGAGAAGGAAGGUGUUUCUCUGUGAACUGCUCAGAAAAGGCGAAAGAACAGGCCCUGCAGGUUCUGAAGCACUUCAACGUCCAGGUGUCCCUGAGCGAUAUCUUCAGCCGCUGCCAGGUGUGCAACUGCGACAAGUACCUGAAGGUGUCCCGGGAGAGGAUGAGGCAGCUGGUGGAGGGCAGCAGGCAGGCGUCGGAGGAGCACAGUGCAGUGUGCCCAGGGAGUCAGCUGUGCGAUGUCACCGUGCCAGCCCGUGACACAGCCCAGCCCAGCUGCACCGCGCACAGAGAGCAGCCAGAGGGGCUGGAGCAGCGUGGGGCAGAUGCAGUGCUGGGGGGAGGCACAGUCCUGCAGGUCGGUGCCAUCCCCCCUGGGGUGCUGGACAGAGCCGAGCUCACUGACUUCUACUGCUGCUCCUGCUGUGGGAAGGUGUUUUGGGAGGGGUCCCAUUUUGGACGUGUCGUCUCCCAGUUUCGGGAUGUUCUUGUGGCCUCGGGGGAUGCACAAAGCAUCUAUGAGCUGAGCUGAGGGGGGAUGCAGGGGCUUGACAGCGGGACAGGGAACUACCCAAGGAACCUCAGUGAAUUUUGGGCCAUGGGUUUGCAGUAAGAGGCUGGAAGCAGGGGGGCUCUUGUUUUGGGAUCCACCAUGGAGCACUGUCACAGUUGCACUAAUGGUUUGCAACAGCCAAAAAACACAUGGCCUCCAUGAGAUCAUUAAAGCAGAGGUAGCCAGGGAGUGAACCCUUUGCUUUAUUUCUGCUCCUCUCCAGGCUGGGCAUGGCAAGAGGGUGGCAGAGCUCUCCAAACCAAAAUCACCACCUCAGUGGUGACCCCAUGGCACCCUUGCCCCAGUGCCCCUCUACCUGGUCACUCAUGGUGGGGACCCAGGAGCUGCGUCCCCAACAGCAGCACAGGGGAGAGCAUUUCCAGUGCCUGGAGUGCUCCCAGCCUGUGGGACAUGUGCCACACCACAACCAGCAUCCUGCUCACCCUGAUCCUGCUCUCCCAGCAUUCCUCAGAGGCAAUCAGUAGGUGCAGGAGUCUGGGGGGGGGCUGAGCACUUCUGAGCUCAGGGAAAUCUCUGGGUGCACCAUGAUGC